AUGGCAUUCAUCAAGAUCAUUUCCGUGCGACUUCUCCUUCUUGUUCUGUAUGUGGACAAGAUGAAUGCAGAGAAUGCCUCAGAGAUUGCACCAGACAUUAAUUUACAACGCAGGAGUGCAGUGCUCAAGGGUCAAGGUCUUGUCGUUGUUGAAGAAGUUGAAAUCCUGCAAGCCACAAAUAUAGAACUUUUAUGUAAUUUGACUGACAUAUCAAAUAUGCCCCUAAAUAUCACUGGCUAUUGGAUGAAAGAUGGAGAAAUUGAUCUCCAUCAGGAUACUGUACAAAGAAAAAAUUCACAGUAUUUCCUUAACAGGACUGUGACAGACCUUGGGAAUUACUCUUGUAUCUUCAGCUAUUUGGGGAAAAAAGAAAUGGCUACAUUUAUUUUAAAAGUCCCUACCAUAAAAGAAAAAAGAGAUAAACCGAUUGUGAGUUAUAUUGGGGACACAGUUACACUGAGCUGUGAAAUCAAGCAUGAGCCAAACACCUGGAAAUGGUACAAAGUUAACAACACAGAGAAGGUAUUGAUCAAUGCCACUGAUCGGCCGCAGACCUUCGAAAUCCUCCCGAAUGGAAAUGUCACCAAACUGAAAAUGUUCAAUCUAAGUCUGGAAGACUCAGGCACAUACAUCUGCAGUGUAGAGUACCCUAAGAAAGUCAGUGAGUUACACAUGGAGUUAAAAGUCUUGUCAUUCACGGAACCUCUGAAGCCUUUCCUAGCCAUAGCUGCAGAGGUGAUCAUCCUGGUGCUUGUAAUUCUGCUCUAUGAGCAUCGGAGCCACAGCCAAGAAAGCAACUCCACAACUGUAACAGGAAAUGGGGUGAACUUUGAGCAAAUCAGUAAACUCACCCAGGAAGACACCAAUGGAGUGGAGGAGGCGACAACGAGACAAAGGAAAGUGUAG